AUGUCGUUUCUCGGUGGCGCUGAAUGCUCGACCUCCGGCAACCCGCUCAGCCAGUUCCAGAAGCACGUUCAAGAUGAUAAGACCUUGCAAAGAGACAGGCUGGUGCAGCGAGGGCCAAAUGCGCUUGCUGGCGGCUUCAGAAGUGCUGGAGCGAGCACCCCGCAGGACGAGAUGAUGAACGGUUUUCUUAAUAACGGUCCCGGUCUUCAACAAGAGCUUCCUAUGCAGAACGGUGCUGUCCGAAUAGAUCCCUCCCAAGGUGUGCACCUUCGCGCGAACUCUACAUCGCCGACGUGGGCGAACGACUUCCAAAACCAGGCCGCUAUGGAAUCUGCAUUCAAUGCUCCGCCAGGUACACAGUUUAGUCCCGAAGAAUUUUCCCGCUUUCGACAGAUGAACCAGCAGCCCUCGUCUGCCAGGGCAAGUCCCAUGCCUAACCAGAUGGGCCAGCAGCAGCCAAGAAUGGGAAUGGGCAUGAACAUGGGAAUGAGCAUGGGCAUGGGAUACAACAGCAUGAUGGGCCAACCUAUGUUCCAACCGAUGUAUCAACAGCCCAUGCAGCAGCCGCAGCAGGACGUCAAGGGCAAAGGAAAGCUGGUAGAGCUAGAUGAUAACAAGUGGGAGGAGCAGUUUGCUCAGAUGGAGCUGCAAGAAAAGGAAGAGCAAGAGGCCAAGGCCGCUGAGCCCGAACUGGAGGAAAUGGACAAAGGUAUGCAAUCCGAGACGGGAUUUGGGGAUUUUGAAUCAAUAUGGAAAGGUAUCCAAGCUGAAACGGCAGCGGCAAAAGGUAUGGUCGACGAAUCAACGUUCGAUAAGUUCGACAGCGAGGAUUGGGGCGCAGAUUUCACUGGUAUGAAUAGCGAUUGGGGACGACUCGGCGAUCCCGUAGUGGAGAACUACCUCUUCGAAGAGGACAACUUCUUCAGCGAUGAGAAAAACGCCUUCGACGAGGGUGUUCGCAUCAUGCGCGAGGGAGGAAACCUCUCUCUUGCGGCUUUGGCCUUCGAAGCGGCUGUUCAACAGAAUCCAGAUCAUACAGAGGCUUGGGUGUACCUCGGUUCAGCGCAGGCACAGAAUGAGAAGGAGACGGCGGCGAUUCGGGCUCUGGAACAAGCCCUAAAGCAGGACCCAAACAACUUGGCUGCACUCAUGGGACUGGCCGUCUCAUACACCAACGAGGGCUACGACAGUACCGCCUACCGCACGCUCGAGAGGUGGCUGUCCGUAAAGUAUCCACAAAUUAUCGCUCCGAAGGACUUGCAUCCUAUGGCCGAGAUGGGCUUCACCGACCGUCAACAACUGCACGAUAAGGUUACUAGCCUCUUCAUUAAGGCAGCGCAGCUCAGCCCAGAUGGCGAACACAUGGAUCCCGACGUCCAAGUCGGACUCGGAGUCCUUUUCUACGGCGCUGAAGAGUACGAUAAGGCAGUCGACUGUUUCACUGCUUCUCUCCACUCAUCCGAGCUUGGCACUACGAACCAGCAGGAGCAGCUACACUUGCUCUGGAACCGCCUGGGCGCCACCCUUGCGAACUCAGGUCGUUCUGAGGAGGCCAUCGCGGCGUAUGAGAAGGCGCUGAGCAUCCACCCUAAUUUUGUCCGUGCACGGUAUAACCUUGGUGUCAGCUGCAUCAACAUCGGCUGCCACGCCGAGGCUGCCUCUCAUUUCCUGGCCGCGCUCAACAUGCACAAGGCCAUUGAGAAGAGUGGCCGCAAUAUGGCGUACGAGAUCCUUGGCGGCGGCGAUGGCGUCCGCGGCGGUACCAACACCGCCCAACUCGAUGAGCAGAUCGACCGCAUGACGGCGCAGAACCGGAGCACGACCUUGUACGACACUCUUAGGAGGGUGUUUACCCAGAUGGGUCGUCGCGACCUGGCUGAAAAGACUGUUGCGGGUGUCGACCCUGAAAUUUUCAGGAACGAGUUUGACUUCUAA